UCGAAUGCCUCGUCUUCGUCGGGCACUGGCUGACGGUAAGCAUGGAGACUACACAUCUCCCUGACCGUAAGGGUCUUGUUUCACCCAGUUCAAUACGUUACUAAAGAGGACGAAGAAGAAAAGAAACCGUGUAAACUGUAAAAUUGAAAAAGAAAUUAUAACCUAAAAUUCUAAUACCUAUUUAAUAUUUUACUUGCGACAGAAAAUAAUAUGGAAAGAGAACUAGAACAAUUAAAUAGUGCUUUAAAUUCUGUAAAAACUUUGAGGUCAAAUGUAAGACGUGUAUUUGAGUCGGUAAGCAAUGGUUUGAGAGGUGAUCAUGGUGAUGAGGGCAAAGAAAAUAAAUUUAUUCUUGAACUUCAAGAACUGCUAACAACAGUUAAUAAUAAUUUGAGAGAUGUAGAAAAUUCAGUGUCUAAUCUCACUCCGCCACCUGGAGCUUUCAAUUUAGGAAACACUGCAUAUUUAAGCCAAGAGACAACGCAAGAAAGACAAGCUCUUUAUGGACAGUUAGUAAAUAGUUAUAAGUGGACAGAUAAAAUAAGGGAAUAUAGUGCUUUAGCGGGAAAUAUACUUGCAACAAACUCCUUCAAUAAAACAUAUAAAACUUUCAGUACAACUAAACGUAGAAAAACUCAAAGCAGUAAUCAUAAUGUGCCCCCAGAGGUUAUUGAAAACUUAAUUACAAGUAUCGAUAGGCUUUUCACAGAUGUGACAAUUACCACAAAUCGCCCAUUUGUUCCAAAUCCAGUUAUACAGGCGUCCUUAGGAAGAGUUUUAAAAGCCAUCAUAGCAUUUAAAGGACUAAUGAUAGAAUGGGUGGUAAUAAAAGCCCAUGCUGAAUCUAAUGAUAUAUGGACAGAAUCUCGUUAUAAAGUUUUUAGGAAAGUCACUGAAAAUUGUCAUGCUGCUAUGUGUCAUUUUCAUUCUCCAAUGAUGCCUGAACUUGCAGUACGAUCUUUCAUGCAUUGGUUUCAUAGUUAUAAUACAUUAUUCAAUGCUCCAUGCAAAAGAUGUGGAAAUCAUUUACAUAGCAACUUACCACCCACCUGGAGAGAUUUGCGAACCUUAGAACCAUAUCAUGAAGAAUGCAAAUAGUAAUAAUUAUUUUUAAUGUAGAGAUGUUAUAAUUAAGAAUAAUAAAAAUUGAUAUGA